CUGUACGCUCAUAUGUUUUUCGGCCAUGUUGUUUCGUGAACGAAUAAUUCAUCGUUCUUGUACUUUUACAAGUUUUUAUGUGAAUCUAAAUAACUGAAAAAUGCUAUCAAGAUUACUGAACACAUUGUAGAGUUGUAUGUGAAAUAAACAGUUUAUGUCAUAACGACAGACAUUUUUGUAUUGUGUGUCAAGAUGGCCAAGAAAAAAGUUAAAUCCAAAGCAUCUAAGUCUUCUCAUGCGGUGAAAUCUUCAGCAGUAAACCCUAAUCAUGACGAUGUGAUAGCCGCCGCCUUAAGUACCGUUAAUACGCCCGUCCUUUUGAAAGUUUGCAGACUAUGCGAGACAAAAGAUGGACCAUUUUUGAACAUUUUCGACUCUGAUAGGUCGACGGCGAGGAAAAUUGACUAUUUGAUGCCAUUUGGGAUUGCAGAGUAUGAUGAUCUACCUCAUAAAAUAUGCUUCCGCUGCUCAGCCAAGGUGGAGGAGCUUCAUGAAUUUGUGCAGAAAUGUAUUAAAACUCAACAAAGUUUGCAUGAAGCAUUGGGUAAGAAAGCUCCACUUCUUACUAAAAAUAAUCUCAGAACACAGUGGGAGGAGAAAUUGAAUAAAUCCAACAUCUCCAAUGAUGACAUCUGUAAUGCUCUUAUAAAAAAAGCCCUGGAAGGUAUUAAAGAUAUUCCUCUGGACCCUAAUCUUGAGGAAGAUGAUGAUAAGCCACUUAGACCUAAGAUUUCAAAAAUUGGUGCUGAGGCAGUCACAGUUAAAAAAGAACUACAAAAUACAAUGAAAACAGAUAAUGACACUGAUGUCACCCUGAAGAACCUAAGAUUGUCAAUAGAAAAGUGUGAUAACCACUUAAAUCCAGGUGGCUUAUCUGCUGCAAACAAUAGUACUGUUUCUGUGAAAACAAGUGAAGAUGUUUGUAGAAAUUCUAAAACAGAUGCCCAGCAAGAGAACAAACAAAAUGCACCAAACAAAAAUAAACACACUGAUAGUGAAGAAGAGGAAAAGUUAAAAAAGCGACAAAAGAGUGAUCCACCUUUUAACAUAAUGGACCAUGUGACCACAAUAAAAGUUAAUAGUGUAGGAAUAUUGUUUCAGUGUAAAUUGUGUAAUCGAAACUUCUUAAAAAAAGAAGUUGUGGAGAAUCAUGGCUGUGCCAAAAAUGGAAUACCUAAAAUAGAUUUGACAGCUAAUUUCCCUCCUCCAGAACCUCCUAAACCACCAAACACGGUAAAAUACAUCAAGCUUGAUAACACUAAAAGGCCUUCUGCUAUUAAAGAUAAAGCAGAAGUAGAAAAUAAGAAAGUUCCACCUGAGGCAACUGCUGAGAAACCUAAAAUUAAAACUAAAAUAGGUCCAGCUUCUAAAGUAAAAAAGUAUACAGAAAAUGAGUCUCAGAAGGAGUCUUCUGAGAAAAACACUAGUACAUCAGAAUCAAGUGUUGCACAUACUUCGCCUGUUGUUUCUUUUCCAACAAAUCCAAAUACAAAUGUUCUUUAUAAACUAGUUCCUGGGCCCAAUAACACUUUUACACUAGUCAGCGGAAAUUCUACAGUUAAUCAGGAAGCCACAGAAGAGACAUCACAGAAAGGAAAGAAAAGAAAAGCAUCUGAUGAAAAUCAAGAUAGUAGAAAACCACUCUCACAUACUAAAAGCAAACCUGAAACUCCCAAUGGUGAGGUAAUUGAUUUAGAAACAGAAACUGAGACUGUGCCACCUCCUGUAGGGCAGCCAUAUCCAGUAGGUCUUUUUCAAACAAGGCCACAUCAUUCAACCACUUACCCAUUAGCGGGUACUUCUGAAACACCUGCAUUUACCACUCCAGCUAUGAAAAAACAGUCAUACACAGUUGUACAGACAGGCAAUCCAAGCAAACUAGUAAUUUCAACAAAAUCUAAAGCAUCCACUGAAGAAGUGCCAAGAAAACGCCCAAAGAAAACUAAACCUGAGGAAAAUCCUAAAGUUGUGAAAGAACCUUAUAGUGUUACUAUUGAAGAUGUUACUCCCCCUAAAGAUCCUGGAUUCUUUACAUUCAUUAAUGUAGACCCAUUGCUUCAACCGUCAUAUGUGUUACCCACCAACAACAUAAUACAGGAAUCACAAAUAUCUACCUCCACUCCAGCUGUCAAAAACAAAACAGAGGCAAAAGAUAAGUACUCAUGUAACAUGUGUGGCGAAGGGUUCUCGAGGGAGAAGAAGCUUCUUACUCACAUACAGUCCCAUUACAAUAAGAUGGACGAAGAAGAUAAGCUAAGAGAAAAGAAUUUGAGCAAACGGAGAGGAAAGAAAUCUUAAAGCAUAUGGAUUUCGAUUGUGGUAGUUGUUCAAGAGAUUCAGUGUUUGGUGUUGUUGAUUUGUAUGAACAGUUAAAAUGUGAUUUGUAUUUUCAAGUCCGAUAUUUUAGGGAUUUGCAAAAUAUUAUGUUUUUUUUUACAAUUGAUCUGAAAUAUCGGUAUUUUUAAAUGCACACGGUAAUAGAACCCAGUUCAUAACAAGAGUUAUUUCUAAUUAAUGUAAGUUGUACUACAUUUUCAAUAUACUAUAGUUUAUAAAUAUGAUAUACUAGAAAUUUGUAUUCACAUUUAGUUAUUGUUUUAUUAAUAAUGUAUAGCUUAGAUGGAAUAAUGUAAAAUAAUAUUUGUCUUUGCAUUAGAAUUAUCAUAAUAUGCUAUAAACAUAUAUUUUGCUGUAAACAGUUACAUGAUAAAACUUUAUUCAAUUGAAUAUAAUAUUAAAAACAAACAUAAUUUUAACUUGAUAUUACAUGUUAAAAUUGCGUUUUUUUGGUCCUAUAAAAUUUGGUUUUCAACUUCAAAUUGAAUUCGAUUUUGUAAUAUUGGUAACAUUUACUUGUUAAAAUUAUUAUUGGUGUUACAAAAUAAUUUUAUUUUCUCAAAUUGUUGUAAAUAUACAUGGUCAUUUUGACAUUGCGUUAUUAAAUAAAACCAUAUAUUUAUGUUCUUCAAAAUAACACUUUAUAAUAAAUUACUCGAACCAUAGAUGUAAAAUAUAAAAGUUUUUUUUACAUCAUUUUAUACGUGAGCACAGAGCAAAGAGAUCCCCACUAUGCCUGAUGGUAAGUGAAAUGGGGCCCAAUAGAAUGUCUAAUGACGAGAGAUAAUAUGAUGAUGAUGAUUACCCCUCGGCAGUCGACACAAUUAUUAUGCUGGCCUGUUGGAACCGGAUAUACACAGGCUGAUUCCGAAACGCGACACACUUACGUGGGCCACUAUGGGCGGGUUUUAACACCUUGUGUACGAUGGUCGCUAUCUGGGCGCAUAUAAAAUAUAUCCUUCCACCAGCAAAGUGUGAGUUUCGAACGAAGUAAAAUAUCAAUAAAAAAUAAUUAUAAUUUUAUACGCUCUAAUGGCACUCCUAGUACCAAUCUUAACGGAACUCAUCGCAGCGGUAAUGUCACACUUUCAGCGAGAAAAAUAAUCACGCACUCGCCAUAUUCCUAUUAAACUACAAAAUGGUUAAAUAACCAUAAAUGUAAAAUUGCGAUCUUGGUGAAAAUAUUCGUUAUUUAUGGAUGAUUUUUGGCAUAAUGUUUUGCAUAAUAUAAGCUAACGUCAAGGCGUGUAUGUAGUUUCAUUUAUAAACAAAUGUCAAAAUGACCCUGUAUUAUAGUUUAGAACACGCGAAAAAUUACAUAAAAUUGAAUAAGUAAAUAACUACAAAGGAUCAUAUUAAAUCAACCUCACCUCACACUUGUGUAGGAGUAAAAUUUCAGAUAUUUAAUGCAUUAACUAUUUAAUGAAUCAAGCUUAAGAUGUCGUUUAAGCGCUUGUUCUCAGCUGAGUCGGCGCUGCUACAUAAACAAAAGCAGCUAUCAAAAACAAUUAUAUGUGACUUAAAAUGUCAUUGAAAGUGAUGUUAAUAGGGGUUUAUAAUAGCGAAUAUCUUAAGAUGCUGAGCUUCGGUUGAUAAUCUCAACUGACUUGAGAGCGGAACUGAGUUGUAUUUAUUAAUACGGCCCGAAGACCCACAUAAUUGGCAUCAGCUAACUUUGAUGUCUAUCUCGGACUUAUUUAUCAUGGCCAUUUGUUUAUACUAUAUAUGAAAAUUCUAAUGCAAAUACGUUUUAUGUAAACGUCAUUCCACUGGUCCCGGAUGCGCAUGUUUUACACAUUACCGUAUGAAACAAAUCAGAAAUUAAAAAUAUAUUUAAUAUUAUAACACUAUGUCAUUUUGUAUGUUAUUAUUAUGUUGUAAGAACAGGUGAAAUUUUAGACAACGAUCAAAAGUAAUCUAUACAAUCUUGCUUGAUUAAGUUGGCAGAUGAAAAUUACUAGAUAUAUUAAAUUUGUUUUCGGACAGAUUGAGCGUGCUCGUGGUACGCAUAACACGCUUUUAAGUGCGCGUGCCGUAUGUGUAACAUGUUUAAGUGUUCUAUAUUUUAAAUCUUAAUACAGUUUAUAAGACAAAUUUUAUGACUGUAGGCUAGUGCGUUUAUUAAUUCGUUAUAUAGGUUAAAAUAGUAUUCUAUUUUGUCUUGUUGGUAAUAAAUUUCUUGACCUCAAAAUGAAGAUUGGCACGUAGUAAUCUGUCAGUUAAAAGCUAUGCUGGCCCUUAGAAUGUGCGAAAUAAACGCGACUCGUUAGUCGAUGUCGUUUAGUUUUGAUGUUUGUGAUUGGUCGAGAGACCAAUGCGUCAGUCACGUGUUAGUCUAUCAACCAAUCACAGUAAAACGACACGGAGUCUGGUUGUGGUUUUUUGCCUCAUUCUAAGCACACUUGUGUAGGACACAGACUAAAAAACUUCAUAAAGUAAUAAAUGGAUUUUAAGGUAAAUUGCCGAUUGAACUGUAAUUAAUAUCAAUCUGCUCAGUCCUUCGAUGAUUUACACCUGUUUUCAAAAACGAUCCCAAUUUCAAUCUUUAAUCCGAUUCCGAAAAUGAACCAAUCAAACUCAUUUGUAAACGUGUCAAAAAAACUGUUCUGAUUGGUCAAUUUUUGAUAGAUAAAAGCAAUUGGGAACGUUUAAUGAAAAUGGCGGUAAAACGCAGCUGGUUGUAGACUUUUAACUCAUGUUAGGGUUAUUAAAAUAUUCAAGCUACUAUAUGUGUAAAUUGAAACUGGCUCUUUUGUUAUAGAAUGUGUUUUUAAAUAUAGAAUUCCUAUAUUGACGUGACGUAGCGAUUUUUGAUUUUUGUUGUUUGUUCUUGAAUAUCUAUGAUGGUAGUACGUACGUGAUUAUAUUUUAACUAAAACAAAUACGUAAAACAAGUCUUGUCCAAUUAUUGCAUGCAAAAUUUUACAGUAUUUUUUGACAACCAAGCAUUAUCUUAUACUUUUUGUUUUAGCGUUAUCUCGACUUGGUGGCAGGCUCCACCUUUAAUUUCUCCAGUUUGCAGUCAUUCAUUGCUAUCGUUUACAUCUUGGCCGCAUUCAUUAUUGAAGUACUUGUUCCUGAAAGGCCUUCGUGUUUUUAUAUAUAAGAUCUUUCCAAUUUGUUCGAUUUUCGGCUUCUUUUAAGGCAGUCGCAAAAGACAGUUCAGUGUGGGCAGUCACUUGUAAUACACUAAUAAAGUAUUUAUAUUAUGCAUGGUGCACCAGUUACGUCUCUGCCUACCCCUUCGUCGGUACAAGGCGUGUAUAUAAAAUUUACAAAUAUCUAACAUCUGCCAACAUAAUCAAGUCACAGCGAUUACAUACUAGGCGUUUUUGUAUGACUCACAACAUUUUUUUUUAUGUUCCCCUGUUUUCAUCACCGGGAGAAUCCUGCUAAUGGGAUACCGGAUUCUGCCGGCUUAACAACAGGGCACAUCAACAGUGUUGUAACUAGGGCGAUACCAGCGGUCCCAAGGUACAGAGCGCAGAAACGACUUUGACCAGGAACAUUUUUUGCGUCAUGCAUGGGCCUAGUUACUUCACUGCUGAUACACGCUGUAUUAUUACAAAUUGGGCGUGUUUGUAACGCAUGCGUGCUCGUAUUAGUGCGUAUGUAAAUACGAACAAUUUCAAAAUAUCUUCAUUACUUGAGAUAUUUUUAUAUUUAUUAAGAAAAUAAUAUAGACUAUUUGAUUAUCCCCGAUUAGAUGUUUAUGAAUUAGUAAUAAGUUGUUAUUUUUUUUAAAUUGGUGCUUACCAAGGUAAUUUACGGUUAGCGUUAUGGCAUUUAUUUUUGUCUUUACUGUUAAGUAAAUCCAGUCGAGACUGUAGACAAAAUUAAAUACAUAAUAUAACAAGA